AAUUGUGGUCUGUCUACCACUACGGUAGUCGGUAGACCCGUUUCAACUGAUUUUGGCGCUUCACCAAACGACAGAUCCACACUCACUUUCUUUCACAAUCAUCAAUUCAUUCUCAUCCUCAUCCACCGCAUUGCACCGAGAGUUAGUCACUGCUUGCGGCGGAUAUGGCUCGACACUACUCUUGGCCUUCUGAUCGCGCGGUAGCUGAAGUGAGACGGAUAGUUUCUAACAUGGCAGGGGUUACGAAAGAGGAAGUUCGAAUUGUGGCAUCUCCCUAUCGAAUUUGUCCUUUAGGGGCUCAUAUUGAUCACCAGGGUGGGACUGUUUCGGCUAUGACAUUAGAUAUGGGAAUACUUCUAGGGUUUGUCCCUUCAAGAAGUAGUGAGGUGUUACUUAUUUCAGGAGAUUUUGAAGGGCAAGUUCGGUUCAGUGUUGAUGAGAUUCAACAGCCAAUACAAACCACCACUGAAAAUGGGAACUCAAGAAAAGAUUCUUCUGAGCAACAAGAACAAUGUAAAUGGGGGCGUUAUGCUAGAGGAGCUGUAUAUGCUCUACAGAGUAGAGGAAACAAACUUUCUAAGGGUAUCUUUGGAUUAAUAUCUGAUGGUGAUGGCCUGAACAGUGUGGGUCUAAGCUCUUCUGCUGCAGCCGGAAUAGCUUACCUCAUGGCUUUUGAACAUGCAAAUAAUUUAGCAAUAUCUCCCACAGAGAAUAUUGAAUAUGAUAGGUUGAUUGAGAAUGAAUAUUUGGGUCUGAAGAAUGGUAUAAUGGACCAGUCAGCCAUACUACUUUCAAGCCAUGGUUGUUUGUUAUGCAUGAAUUGCAAGACCAAAGAUUACAGGCUUAUACAACGACCGAAGGUCCAAGAAUACAAGAAGAUUGGGCAACCAAAGGGAACGAAAAUAUUGGUGGCACUCUCUGGGUUGAAGGGAGCUUUGACUAGCAACCCUGGAUAUAAUGGGCGAGUUGCAGAGUGUCAAAAGGCAGCACGAGUUCUUUUGGAAGCAUCUGGAGAUUUCACAGCGGAGCCCAUCCUAUCUAAUGUUAAACCAGAAGUUUAUGAGACUCACAAGUGCAAAUUAGAUAGCAAUCUAGCCAAAAGAGCUGAGCAUUAUUUCUCUGAGAAUACGCGGGUUGCAAAGGGAGUUGAGGCCUGGGCAAAGGGUAAUCUAAAAGAAUUUGGAGAUCUCGUUUCAGCUUCUGGUCGAAGUUCAAUUCAAAAUUAUGAAUGCGGUGCGGAACCACUGAUUCAAUUGUAUGAGAUCCUUUUGAGGGCUCCUGGUGUAUUAGGAGCGCGCUUCAGCGGUGCUGGGUUUAGAGGAUGCUGCAUUGCAUUUGUGGAGGCUGACCUUGCAGAUGAAGCUGCAUCAUUUGUUGAGAGGGAAUAUCCCAAGGCCCAGCCUUUGUUGGCUAGGGAAAUGGAAUUACAAGGACAGACAUCAAUUUUUAUAUGUGAAUCUGGUGAUUGUGCACGUGUGCUUUGAAUUUGAGAUAGCACACAUGCUCUGAACUAUCUUUAUUUUUUUUUUUUGGUCGUAAUUUCAAUUUGCCCAUGACGAUGUAAAGCAGGUCUAUUUUACUUCCGAGAAACACGGUUUUGCUAGUAAUAAUGCAUCAAUUUGGAAUAAAAUUUUGAUUAUAUUCA